AUGGGAGCUGUUUUAUCAGCUGUGCUCGGAGGUUCCGGAGAAGCUGCAGAGGCAGGGAGUGAAUCUGAGCCUAGCCGCGUCAUGAAGUUUAGCUCUUCGGCUCGGUGGCAGCUUCACUUCAACGAGAUCAAGGAAUCUUCGAAACUGCUGGUCGUUGACUUCUCGGCAUCGUGGUGUGGACCUUGUAGAAUGAUUGAGCCUGCGUUUAUCGCCAUGGCUGAGAAGUUCACUGAUGUUGAGUUCGUCAAAUUGGAUGUCGAUGAACUUCCUGAUGUUGCUAAAGAGUUCAAUGUGACGGGAAUGCCAACAUUUGUGCUGGUGAAAAGGGGUAAAGAAGUUGAUAGGAUCGUUGGCGCCAGAAAAGAUGAACUUGAGAAGAAGAUUAGCAAACUCAGGGCUUAG